AUGUCAACUUAUACAGGCCCACCGAACAACUAUGGCCAAGCUCAAAACCAAGCUUACUAUCCACCCCACCAGGGUCUGAAUAAUACGCCACAGCAAGAAUUCCAUAACAGCCCUGAGUCACAGCCGUAUACUCAGCCUCGAUAUGACGCAGGUGCAAGUCCAGGCUCGGCCUUCCCACCUCAGUACAACCAGCAACAGCCCCAAGGAUACCACCCUAGCGGUCCAAGUUAUGAAAAUGCCCCCCAAGACCGUGGAUACGCACCCUACCCUCCAGCCCAGCAACAGGCUAGCGGCGAGAACUCAUCGUACUAUGGCAGCGUACCACACGGUCAAGCGGGCUAUGCCACUAGCCCCGGCCCUGUCGGUCCGCAGGGAGAAGGGGAAAGAGGCCUUGGCUCGACACUGAUUGGUGGUGCGGCUGGAGGGUUUGCAGGCCAUAAAAUGCAGGGUGGGUUCCUUGGGACUGCUGGUGGUGCGGUUCUGGGUGCUGUUGGAAUGAAUAUGGCUACGCAUGAGAUGUAA